AUGUUGAUUAAAGCUGCGUAUUUAAUUCUCAUCGCGAUCGGUUCAUUCAACCGAAUUUACGGUCAUUGUGAAGAAUCGUAUAUGACGUUUUGUGACUGUGUGUCUGAUAUUCGGAAUUACAAAAGUGGAAAUUGGACUGACGUAGUAAUCAAGUCUGAUAAAAUUUCGUGCUCCUCCACCAUCAAAAGCAACAAUUUCGAAAAAUUAGAAGAAAUUAAGAUACUGUUUAUUGUCAAUCAAAUUGAAUCAAUUGAAAGAUUUACCUUUAAACAAAUAGGUGGAACACUAAAAGUUUUGAAAUUUUAUGGAAAUAAUUUGAUUCAAGUAAAAAGUAACAUGUUUUCUGGUUUUAGAAAACUGAGCCAGUUAGGUUUGGUCAAUAAUAAUAUUGAGUUAAUUGAAGAGAAAUCAUUUAGUGGAUCUGUUAUCAAAAAUUUGGAUCUAUCACGUAACAAAAUCGAAAUGAUCGCAGCGAAUACAUUCGACGGAAGUGAAAUUACUAAAAUCGUCUUAAGAUAUAACAGAAUAUCCCAUAUUAAUGAAGAUGCCUUUAACAAUCAUUUGGAAAUCCUGCAACUAGACUACAACAAUUUAGAACAUUUGCAAGGCGGUUUUGCUUCAAAAUCCCCGAAGCUAAGUGAACUAACAAUCAGUCACAACAAGCUAUCACACGUUUCCGAUGUUCCCUCUUUAGUCAAAGCAAACAAGCUUGACUUUUCCUUCAAUAACAUUAAUCACAUCAAUCUUCCAGAAUUUGAAGAUUUUAAAGAUCUGAUUUAUCUUGAUUUAAGUAGCAACAAACUCGAAACCUUUUCAUUGAAAUACUUUAAGAAGGUGAAAACGGAAAGAAUGACUCUACUGUUAAGUUACAAUCUUUUAACAAACAUAAAAAUCAAAAGUAACGCAAAACCUAUGACACUGACACUGUUUGGCAAUCCAUGGAAUUGUAAAUGUUUGAAAGAAAUGCAGAAAAGUAUGCUCGAGAAUAAUUUUACUACGACAAAAUGUGACUUGGAAUUGUUUAAAUGCGGUUUUCUUCCCGUGUGUAUUGACCAAGGUGAAUGCAAGAACUCACAACCGGUGGAAAAUCGUGAUGAUCUGAAAAGGUUCAUGCAGCAGAAUAGGGAAAAAGAAAAUUUUACCUGUGAUGUGUUUCGUGAGACUAGUUCAAGAUUUAUAGUAGGUAUUCAUUCUCGUUAAUUGAAUUUUGUAAAUAUUUAAUACUUUUCAUGUUAAAAUAAAGCCUUGAAAAACUUAGUUUUUUGAGUGUGGGAAAAUAAAGGCUUUCUAUCCUAUCAAUUUGGAUGCUUACAACCUUUAUUGUAAUUUUACCUAAAAGCUUGACAUUUAUUCUCUAUUUAUCUCUAAACUUGAUAAAAUGUUUAAAAAACUAGAAACCUAUCUUUAUGGCAAGUUUUAUAGAAGAAACGUACAUUUUAUUAAGUGGAGUUUAUGAUUGUAUGUUAAAUGAGGAAAAUUCCUGCUUGCAAAGGUCACGCCACGAUGGAAGCUUAUCACUUUGCAGAAAUGGCCAUUUUCCCUCCAUGCAUCAGAAUAUUAUAAAUAAUAAAAUACCUCGCAAUAACUCGCUGAUCUGGCGCCAAACCUUAUUACAGUUAUGAAAAAAAUUCUAUCCUACACUCCAACUCAUGUUCUUGACCAUGAACCUGAGUAGGUGAACCGAAUCAAAAUUUAUGUUGGCCAUUAUUGCCCCUCAAGGAAUAAGUCUGGUUAGUUUCAUGUCGCACGUAGGGGGUUACCGUUUCAUUUCCAACACCCACUCAAAUCAAUACAUUUGUAGAAAAAAUCAACAGUCACUAAUUAUACCGUUUGAUUAAACGCAAACUGGGUUAAUAAAUAAUCCCACGAGAUUAAUUGAUUUAAACGAGACACCCACUCAAGUUUUUUAAAAGUAAAAAGAAUGAAGUUAUUUGUUUUACACCUUCCGUCACACACCAUUCUCUUGGUCCGCUCCUUUAAUUUUCACGGCGGCAACGUCGUGUUAUUUUGCCAUCAACUUACUUUCUGCCCUUGUUUUAUGUUGCAAUAAAUCACGAAAUACAUUUUUACGGGCAGAUGCUAAAUGCACACGUAAUGUUCAUCGCUCAACUCACGUCCAACCUCUUAAUUUAUUUAGGACCAUGAGGUAGUCCGAUUGUAAGCAACCUCUAUUUUCAUUAAGGGUCACAGAUGCUUACAAUGGACUGACGGAGGAUCCUUUACAAGAUGGGCGUCGGGGGUGGAAUACGUGCCCUGAACGAAGGACCAACGCAGCGCCGCUGAAGGGCUUACCAAGCAGACAUUCAAGCACGUGUUGGCCAUUUGACGACACGAUUUUUUCCAAGUAAGAGGCUAGUUAAUGAUCUCGACGACGAGCUUGCGAUACCCGCCGGCAUGGAUAUAUCUGGGUUAGGAGCUUUGCGGAACGGUCGCUUAUGUGUUAUAAAGGCAUAAUGAA